AUGGCCAUCAGGGUCUCGCGGUAUAUCGAUGCAGUCAUGCCAUUAUUAAAUCCCAACACUAUCCACUUCAAUAAGCGUUGCAUUGCCGUCGAAGAAAUUGAAUCUGGUCGCCUUUUGUUGCGGUUUUCCGACGGCACUUUUCACGAGACCGAUCUCGUUAUUGGCGCUGACGGCAUCAAGAGCACCAUUCGAACUGCCGUUCUUCCUCCAAAUACUCGUCACCUUGCUUUUUCUGGCUCGUAUGCCUAUCGUGCAUUGAUACCAAUGGAUAUUUUAAUGGCAGAAGGGAUUAAGGCAGACAUAAAGCAUCGACCUUAUUGCUGGGUUGGAAAGAAUAAGCAUAUCAUCACCUUGCCUAUCAAAAAUAAUACUGUGUUGAACAUUGUCGCUCUCUACAAUAUCAGUGGCGGUGAUAUGAUCCCCGAACUUCCUCAGCCAUGGGUUGAGUCAGCAUCCGAACAGGAGGUCAUUGAUCGAUUCUCUGAUUGGGGGAGAGACUCUAGGGCUAUUUUGAAGCAUAUGAAGCAACCUACCAAAUGGUCAAUUCACACAACCUACCCACCUCUAAAGAAUUAUGUCAAGGGUAAAAUUGUUUUGAUCGGUGACGCAGCUCACGCUAUGGUGCCGCACUUGGGUGCUGGAGCCGGACAAGGUUUUGAAGACACCUAUGCUUUAUGCCGGCUUCUCGCUCACCCUACUGUCCACAAGGCCAAUCUUGAGGAUGCCCUGAAAAUCUACAAUGAGAUUAGGCCUCCCCGCGCUAGUAUGGUUUUAGAAAGAAGUAUCAGGAUGGGAAGGAUAUAUGAAAACUACGGUCCAGGUCUUUACGACAUCCCUGAAAUGGUUCAGAAACUUACCGGAAUGUGGGAACCUGUUUGGAAUUUUGACCUUGAAACGCAGAUCUCACGCGCUCUGCAAUACUUUGAUAAAUUGAAGCAGAAGUUGUGA